AUGGCGCAAUUUCAAUCAGGCGUCGAGGCGGAAGUUGUCGUCGCCGACAAGGAUGCGGCGGCGCUGUCACCUCGACAAACCGUUCUACGCGAUGACGAUCAGGCGACAAAGCAGGAGCCGGAGCCGGAGCCAGAGCCAGAGCCAGAGCCAGAGCCAGCACGAACCCUGCGGCAGACUUUGUAUGCCUGUUUGACCUAUGUUCCACCACGGUGUCGAUAUGAUCCUGAGAAACCGUUUCAAUUCUCCAUGGGAUUGAAUCUACUGUUUGCUUUCGCAGGGUGCUUUACGGUCGCAAACCUCUACUACAACCACCCCAUCUUAAACCUGUUGGCGGACGAUUUUCAUGUCACGGACGAAGAAGCAUCGUACAUACCCACUCUUGCCCAAGCAGGGUAUGCAGGAGGACUGUUGUUCAUAUGCCCCUUGGGGGAUCUGCUCAAGAGAAGACCAUUCACACUAUGGCUGGUCUGGUUCACUGCUACGUUAUGGAUUGGACUCUGUGUGACUAAUUCGUUCACCGCAUUUGGAGCCAUUACGUUCAUCACGAGCGUCACCACCGUCACUCCACAGCUGAUGCUCCCUUUGGUCGGCGAGCUUGCACCUCCCCAUCGCAGAGCCUCCGCCUUGUCCGUGGUCGUAUCGGGCAUGUUGCUCGGCAUGCUCUGCGCCCGUCUCCUUUCGGGCAUUGUCGCGCAGUACAUCGGCUGGCGAUAUAUAUACUGGAUCUCGUUCGCGUUGCAGUACAUCAUCCUGAUCCUGCUGUAUAUUUUCAUGCCGGACUACCCUUCGACGAACCCGGACGUGAGAGUCGUCAAGAAAUAUCCGUUCUUGCUCUGGGACAUCGUGAAGCUCGUCGCCAAAUAUCCCGUGCUCCUCCAGGCGUGUCUGGUCGGUCUCUUCACAGCCACGUCGUUUACGAGUUUCUGGACCACUCUGACUUUCUUGCUGGCCGGGCCUCCCUACCACUACAACUCUCUCGUCAUUGGGCUAUUCGCGCUUAUCGGCAUAGGAAGCAUGACGUGGGCUCCGGUGUUUGCGAGGACGUUCAUGGAGAAACACCAGCCCUUGCUCUCGGUUAUUAUAGGUGAGCUGAUCUGUCUGACGGGUGUGGUGGUCGGAACGUACACGGGCAAGUCUACGGUAGCAGGACCCAUCAUACAGGCUAUCGGGAUCGAUGUGGGCUUGCAGACGACUCAGAUCGCGAACCGCACGGCCAUCUAUGCCGUUGCCCCCAAAGCCAGGAACAGAGUCAACACCGCAUACAUGGUUAGCGUUUUCGUGGGCCAGCUUAUAGGGACGGCGGUUGGAAAUCACCUGUACGCGAGGGGUGGGUGGAUCACUUCGGGGAGUGCGAGCGUCGGGUUUGUGAGUGUUGCGCUCUUGGUUGGUCUGUCCCGAGGCCCGCAUGAGAAAGGCUGGAUCGGAUGGAGCGGAGGGUAUGAUAUGCGGAAUGAUGUGCCUACCAAGCCGCAGGUUGUAAACAAGGACGCCGAAGCAGACCUUCAAGGACAGCCCCAACCCCAGAGACAAACCGCAACAACAGGUAAUGCUGUCGAGAAGAGGAAAGAUGAUGACCAGAAUGACGACGAACAGGCAGCAAUGGAUGAGAGUAGUCGGUCGUCGCAACGGACUUUGAGGGAGGAGGCCAGGCAGGUCAUGGAAUGA